AUGGAUACGCUUCAAAUCGAUACACAAUGGCUCGAAGAUGUCAUCUUUGGCGAUUCGGAGAAGAACAAGAAACAAGAAACUAAUGAUGGUGAAGCCAAUGUGAAUGAUCUGCUUUCUGAAGACCUUCUAGCUUUCGAGAACCAGACAGAGUGUUUCUUCCAAAUGCCGUUUAUGGAGACAAAUUGUGAUCCCUCGUCCUCGCUUAGCAGUCUCUUAUAUGAAGGCAGUGAAAUGGCUCUUUCGUCCUGA